AGAAAGAGACAGCAGAAGGCUGAAGUCAUCAAGGGAGUGAAUGGGUCCUGCAGGCAAAGCAGAAAAGCGCUGAAAGUGCGGAGAUUUACUUUGGUUUAGACACAGCGAGCAGUAGGAGGAGGUGUCGGUUUUACAUCCAGAGCGGAACACUGCUGGGAAAGUCAGUUUAGUGACUCCUGAUAUUGACUCACUUUUUUUGUGUGUGUCUUACUUUAUGCAUGUCCGUUUCUGUGCGCGACUGUCUGCCUGCGGCUCAUGCAGACCUGAAUAAGCGCGCCUGGCGCAGAAAGGUAUCCAUACACAGAGACGCACGGCGCAUCUCCACCAAAUCAGAGGGAGUUCUCACAAAUGGAUUAAACUUUUCAGGCUUUUUCAGCAGUUUAAAGCCUUCCUAUUACAUUAUUACACACACAGGCCUUCUGAUGUUUAAUACAGUUCUUCUUUUUGUGCGCAACAGAUAAAAUUGGAGUGUUUUUUUACGCGCGUUUGCUUUUGUAAAGGAAAUGUUUCCCAUCGCUGGAAGGAUAACGAACUUCUAACUAGGACGGGUUUUCUCGGCACAUAUGUGGACCCUAUCCAGGAUGUUACAGUCUAAACGGCCCAGGCAUCAUUGGGCCACGGUACGCUACAACCACCACAUAACACCACACAGCUGGGCUGCGUCCUGCUGCGUUUAGGAGUUUAUCGCGCUCCAGCUUCAACCUCCUUUAGGCUGAGGAAAACGAUCAAAAGCAAAAAGAAAGAAGAUAAAACGCCAACGUGUUUUGGUGAACUUUAAAAUUGGCGUUACGAGUCUCAUCUCUGGGCUACUAUGCAAUUACAACUGAUCUCAUUUGUUCUGAUCAUCUGGAACUGCAUGGAUUACACUGGUUGUCAGCCGCACAGCAGCUCCAGGCACCGGCAGCACAAACCGAUAUCCGGUGGGAGCUCAGGGUGCCAGCAAGGUGGCUGCCUGACCUGCUCUGACUACAACGGCUGUCUGUCCUGCAAGCCUCGUCUCUUCAUGCACUUGGAGAGGAUCGGGAUGAAGCAGAUCGGAGUGUGCAUGACUUCCUGCCCUCCUGGCUUUUACGGCACCCGGUCCCCAGAGAGAAACACCUGUACAAAGUGCAGGUCAGAGUGUGACUCGUGCUUUAACAAGAACUUCUGCACGCGCUGCCGAUCAGGGUUCUACCUUCACCUGGGCAAGUGCCUGGACAGCUGCCCAGUGGGCAUGGUCCACAGCAAUGCACAAAGGGAGUGUGUCCCCAGAUGCUCUGCAGAGUGUGAAUCAUGUGUGAACAGCGACACAUGCACAAGGUGCCGGCCAGGGCUUUAUCAGCUGAAUGGAAGGUGCUACCACAUCUGUCCAGAUGACUAUGAGCCCAACGACAAACUAAUGGAGUGCACACCACAAGUGCACUGUGAGGUGGGCGAAUGGAGCGAGUGGAGCCCCUGCUCUAGGUCAGGCAAAACCUGCGGCUUCAGGCGAGGCCAGGAGACCCGCACAAGACAGGUCCUGCAGUAUCCGUCGCCUUUUGGGAAUCCCUGCCCUGACCUCUCUGAGGUCAAUAACUGUCUGGUGAAGAAGAAGAGAUGUCCAGGACGGAAGAAGAACGACAGAAGAGACAGGAGGAAUCGCAACAACCGCAAAGACAAGGAAACCCAAGAGGUGCGGAGGGAGAGGAAGAGGGAGCGUGAGCGGGACAGGGACACCAGUGAACGUGAGGACUCUGACAACAGAAACAAAACGGAGCACAGACACCGAAGAGGCAAUGACUCACAGACAGUCUCUCCUGGAGACGGCCUCGUGCAAUAAAGCUGGGGACAGACGAAGACAUCCUCUGGUUGUCUCCCCAUCCUUCCUGCUAAUGGCAUCUCUCCCUUACCAACUAUCUCGCCUCUCUUUGACCCCUCUUUACAGGGGUGUUGCUGCUACUUGUAUGGUUUCAACAGACCGUUCUGACAUCAGUGUUAUGGGGCACAUUCACAGACUUUAAGAAGCCCUUUUGAUCUCAUAAACUGCAUCAUCAUCGCACAAAGUGUAUCCUGUGAAAGCUUUAGUGGACACUGCUGUUGAGAAACUGGGAACAGUCUGGCACAGCAGAGGACUGGGACAGACUAAGACAGAGACAUUUGCUUGUUUAUAUGGUUAUUUAAUGGAGCCCUGGUACAAUAUUGUGUAUCUUUGGUUUCAAAAUGUAGAUUACAGUGAUUUCCAAAGGUAUCUGUAGCCCCUGAACGUGUUUUUUUUGCAUUUUAUUACAUUAUAACUCAAAACUUUAUACUAAUUUAUGAAGUUCUGUGCUCGACCAACAAAAAUGGGGCAUCAUUAUUAAAAGGAAUAAAAGAAAUCACAAUUUUAAUAUUUUUCAUACAAAUAAAAAUCCAGAAUAGCUCAAGCUGUAUUUGCAUCCUGCCUUCAUUUAAUCCAGUUUUAAUCUAGUGCAACAUUAGAACUCAUCAAAUUUGUAAAAAAUAAAAAUAAGAAAGAAUCCAAAUGUUAAUCAUUUAAUCUGAUUACAAUGCAGUUGUUCAAUGAAGGCCUCAUAGAUUUCUUAGAGAACAGAACAAAAAGCAUCUUAAAUACCAAGGAGCAUAGCAGACAGGUCAGGAGUUUGAUGCAAUGGUUGGGUUGUAAACAACAUCCCUAACUUCAUGUGAUGUACUGUUCAAAUCAUCUUUCCAAAGAUUGGAAGAGGGGAAAAACGAUUGCAAUUGCAAACCUAGCAAGAUAUAAAUGUCCAGCUAAACUGGCUAAAAGGAGAACAUCAAUCCAAAAGCAGCCUAGAGGUCCAUGGUGACUCUAGAAGAGCUGCAGAGAUCCUUAGUUGGCGUUGAUGGAACAAAGCUCUGAGGAGUCCGGUUUAAUGUUCACCUCCAGCUGCGUAGAAGUACAUGGCAUACAUGGAGUGAAAGAUGUAUUUGGAUGUGACCAAAAUCAGCUAUUUAUGCCACAUUCGCUACAGAGGUAAGAGGAACACUAAACAUCUCCAUUAUGAUCCAAACCCACAAUCAGGAAAAGCAGCAGCACCAGCUUGGAUUGGGAACAGAUCAGAAUAGAUGGAUGGAGCUAAACAUGAAACCACCCUCUAAGAACACCAGCUGGAGGCAGCAGAUGACUGAAUCCUGCAGGCAAUUCAGUUUGUUUUUUUGGGAAAAAUUAAAAACCAUCUUUCUUUUACCUUUUUCACAAAUAUUCUCCACUUGUACAUCAGUCACAUAAAAAAA